UGAAGUGUGAAGCUAGCUGUAUACAUGUCGGUCACAAAGUGAUUUCCAAAAUGAGAAAAAGAAAACAUGACAAUCUGAGAUUCCAUAAAAAAAAGAAAAAUGCCGGAAAUAGAAAUCGUAGAAUGCGCUAAGAAUUGAUGAAAGUUUAUGGAAAAAGAAUACAAGAUACACUUUGAUUUACGCACUGCUAGAAAUGGAAUUAACAGCUCACACUCACAAAAUCAAAAUAAUGCUCCACAAAACAGACAUAAAAAGCAAAUUGUGAGAUCUGAUUUCACUCGUUCGUUCCAUCUGCAUCAUCAGCCUCGGCUCCAUUUUUCUUAAUUUCAGGAUCAAAUACGAAGCCAUUUCUCGUCAUUCAUCAAACAAUGAUGCAUAACAUUUUGAUUUUCAUAUUCUUCUCCAUCAUCAUCGUCUCCAAUAUUGCACCCUCUCAUGGAUACGAUACGUUGGAUCCUUCUGGCAAUAUUACCGUCACGUGGGAUUUCUUGUCUGAUAACGGAGACACAUUCGAUGUGAAGGUAUCAAUAUACAACUUCCAAUUAUUCCGGCAUGUGGAAGAGCCCGGAUGGAAAUUGGGUUGGUCUUGGAGAGGUGAUGAGGUGAUUUGGUCAAUGACGGGAGCUGAGGCUACAGAGCAAGGGAAUUGCACCAGAUUUAGACAAAAGCAACCCCAUUGUUGUGAGAAGGAACCAGCUAUCAUUGAUCUUAUGCCCGGAGCCCCUUAUAACAUGCAGUCUGCAAAUUGCUGUAAAGGUGGGGUCCUAACAUCCAUGACACAAGAUGUUACAAAAUAUGGUGCUACCUUCCUGAUGAAUUAUCAGAAAUCAUCUAUCUCUUUUCCUGAUGGAGGCAAUUUUAGCAUGCCAGAAAAAUUCACACUUGGAAUUCCUGGUUAUAGCUGUGCGAUGCCAGUUCAAGUCCCACCAACUAGGUUUACCAAUGAUGGACGCAGAUGGCAACAAGUCUUAGAGACAUGGAAUGUUACCUGUAUCUACUCACAGUUUCUAGCAUCACCUGCCCCAAAAUGUUGUGUCUCCUUAUCAGCAUUCUACAAUACGACAAUUGUUCCUUGCCGCACAUGCAGCUGUAAUUGCCAAGGGCUACCAGGAGCAAAUUGUGCCAAUUCUGAUGGAUCUUCACUGUUGGAACUGCGACAACGAGCACAAGGCACAAAAUCACCAGCACCAGUAGUGCAGUGUACAAAUCACAUGUGCCCCAUUCGUGUUCACUGGCAUGUGAAGCAAAGUUAUAAAGAGUAUUGGCGGGUCAAGAUCACAAUCACAAACCUUAAUUUUGUCAGAAACUAUUCCCAUUGGAAUUUGGUGGUGUUACAUCCCAACUUGAGAAAUAUAACCCAAGUUUUCAGUUUCAACUACGAGUCACUGCCAAGUUAUGGAAAUCUCAAUGAUACAGGGAUGUUUUGGGGGCUACAAUAUUACAAUGACAUGUUGCUUGCACAUGGUGACAAUGGGAAUGUACAAACAGAGUUGUUACUUCACAAAGAUCAAGGAGACUUUACCUUUAGAGGAGGAUGGGCUUUUCCUAGAAAAAUUUCAUUCGAUGGCGAUGCAUGUGUCAUGCCAUUACCUGAUGAGUACCCGAGGCUCCCCAACACAGCUUCUAUUGCUGCAACAAGACCUUUCAUAGUUUUCAUCUCAGUGUUGUUACUGCUAGUAAUACUGUUCUAAAAAUUUACUAGGAAGGAUCAAAGUUUAGCAUUUCAUAUUUUAGCA